AUGGGACAGUCGGCUUCGACGCCACGAGAUCCCUCUGACACUAGCCAUCCGGACUACGUGCCGUUCUCGAUAGACCACAAUUCGGUUCUGAGGGAUGAAGAUAUGAACAACGGACGACCUACUGAGCAAGGUGGAGAGGCGGGCUCAUCGUCCGGGAUGGAGUCGAAUCUACACAACGGGCAAGAUCCGUCACCUGGCCAGCUACAUGAGCUGCCGGAAUCAUGGCAGCAGCCCAUGCGAUACUCUGGGGGGUUCCCACAACAGAUGCGAAGCAUUGAAGAGGAGACCUCCGAACAUGAACCGAGCGCGCGUGAAUAUCGGUCGGCAGCGAUUGCGCGGAUGGCAGCAAGGAGACAGUCUACUAUGUCACGCCUAGGGUCCAGAAUUCUGCCCAAUUCAGUCAUUCGCGGUCUUCUCAGCAGCCAAGAGGAGACGCCAGCGGAAGGCCAUGCUCACAGGCAUGGUCUGGUCUCAAGAACGCCCCCGCGGUCUGAAAGUGCACACAGUAGUGGUCGGUUUAGCCCUUUCAGUGCCCUGGGAUCUAGAGGAGUCAUCCGCCGCCGUAACACUCGGGGGCCUUAUUUCAUUCCCCAACGUGCUGACUCGUCGGCAAUGUCGGAUGGAGGUACGAGUUCCUCGCUUCUCGAUUCAUCUGCGGAACGAUUGCCAGAGUCCAACCGCGCGUCCUGGCGGCGAGCCCGUCUCCAGCGCGUGCGUCAUUCAUUGUCAACUCCUAUCUCUCAUAUGUUUGGACAACCUGCAUCGGAUAUUCCCUCUUCCCACGGAAGAAGCUCAUCGUUCAGUGGCGACCUUCCCAGUGCUAUGGAUACCCGCCUUGACUUUGGUGAGCCUCUGCCCGAGUUGGAUUCAGUCGAGCCUGGUGUGCAACCAGACCGACCACUUUCGGCUCAUCAGACGAACGCUGGUCUAGUGGGAUCCCGUGCCCUUCCCAGUCUUCUUCGAGCACGAGCGGCUCGGGCCAUGCGGCGAGAAGAACAAACGCCUCUCUCUCGGGUCCUGCAGCUCGCUGCAGCUGCAAUCGCAGCGCAGCUCUCUGGCACCACGGGCCCAGCGCUCCCAAAUAUCCAAGCGCUGGGUAAUGAAGGCGUAGAUGGCUCGCUUGAGAACUUUAUUCAAAGUUUGCAGCAUGUCACGACCGCCCCAGCGCAGCAGUCAUCGCCGGCAGAAGAAGGAGCUAGUCAGCCUGGGCCCGAAGCGCCAGCGGCUCCUGUGAACUUCUUACGAGUUUUCCGGUUUGCCAACUCCGACUCCCCUCUCGGUGCUGGGUCGCAGGCACGAGGUCCAAAUAGUUCUGAAAAUUCAGGUCCUCAGUCGGACGGAAUGUCCAUCGACGAGCCCUCGGAAGGAGCCGAAGGCCGGACGGUCACCCUGGUUGUGGUCGGUGUUCGAUCAGUCCCUGCGGGAAAUGGAGGCCAUGGCGACGAGGGACGACCAGCUCCUGGUGGCGCAGGUUUGGAUGCUUUGCUCGGGCUGCCAUUCUUGCCACCUAACGCUAUUCCACGACCUCCAGAAGGCGCUGGUGAUCUCGCACAGCGGGCGGAUGCGCGAUCCAGAUUGCACGCGGCUCGUCAAGCUCGGCCUGGAGGCAUCCCUCUAGAGAUCCCUCGCCAGCCGGGACCAAACAUCUCACGAAGAAUGUCGGACGCCGGACCUCGCCCUCUACCUCCGUUCUAUCCGUUUGCUUCGGCACCCCAGUCCGACAGCCCACCUGGUCCGCACCCGCCGCCAUCAACUCCCGCGGAGCCAGGCAUGUCAGCUGUCUCAUCGGGAACUUCGACCCCAAGUCGCAGGCCCUCCUCAUCUUCGACCUUGUCGCCGACUCAUUUGCCCCAUCUUCAUGAGAACCGGCCCUUGCAGCCAACGGUCGAUCCUUCAGAAGAGGCAGCUCCACCUAGUGCCGCCAGACAGCGACGACGGAGUGAUGCAGAGUUUGCUCGCCACCGCGCACUUGGCUCUGGAUCCCUUCGUCGAAACGGCGUGGUUGAACCUGACCAACCCCCUCCAAGUGGUGGUCGAAGCUGGCUGAUCUACGUCGUUGGAACCAAUCUGUCGGAAAACCACCCGGCCCUGACGACGCCAAGUCUUUUCACUGAUAACCCUACAUACGAGGACAUGAUCUUGCUAUCGUCACUCCUUGGCCCUGCCAAGCCCCCCGUUGCCUCUCAAGACGACGUCAACUCUGCUGGUGGUCUUUUCCGCCUUGUUGAGUAUUCAGGUUCGUUGGUCGCAGAGUCUGUUGAUGGCGCUGGCGCCAUCCAGAUCCAGGACGGCGAGCGUUGUCUGAUCUGCUUGAGUGACUAUGAAGUGGCUGAGGAAGUCCGAGAGUUGGCCAAGUGCAAACACGUGUUCCAUAGGGAUUGCAUUGACCAGUGGUUAACCACGGGCCGAAACUCUUGCCCUCUCUGCCGAGGCCAAGGUGUUCAAGAGGCAUCGAAUGACGAGGGCUCAGCAGGAGUCGAGCCUGCUUCCAACCCUGCUCCUGAGGGCACGGCCAUCUAA